GCGUGACCGCGUAACAGCCUUUCAACAGCCAUGCAGAACAAUCGGAAAGAACAUCUGUACAAAAUUCUCGUUAUCGGAGAUUUAGGAGUGGGUAAGACCAGCAUCAUUAAGCGUUACGUUCACCAGACGUACUCGGCGAAUUACAGAGCCACGAUAGGUGUAGACUUCGCUCUGAAAGUUCUCAACUGGGACUCAGAAACCGUACGAUUACAACUAUGGGACAUAGCAGGUCAGGAGCGCUUUGGGAACAUGACGCGGGUUUACUACAGAGAAGCCAUGGGAGCCUUCAUCGUUUUUGACGUCACCAGGCCUGCGACAUUUGAAGCAGUCACCAAAUGGAAGGACGACCUGGACUCCAAGUUGGUGCUGGCCAAUGGCAAAAGUAUCGCCACUGUGCUCCUGGCUAACAAAUGUGACCAAAGCAGACACCUGCUGACCAGUAGUGACCUCAGGGUGGACCAGUUUUGCAAAGAGAAUGGAUUUGUGGGAUGGUUUGAAACCUCAGCCAAGGAAAACAUCAACAUCAACGAAGCAGCAAACUUCCUGGUCAAACACAUAAUUGCCAGUGAGAGUGACAUCCUCAAAUCAGUGACCCCCGAUACCAUCUCGCCCCAGCUGACUCCGACCAAUGAGAUGAGCUGUUUUGGCUGUUUCAAGCCCUAACGGAGGGACACGGCCUUGGAGAACAGACACCUUCAGCCUCUGCAGAUGAGUGAGGAGGAAGGAACGAGGGAUUCACUUCAGUGUCCCCUUAACAGAAGUGUUUCUUUACAAGCCUCAAAAAAAGAUGAGUGUGCAAAAUUUUGGGUGUGCAUGUGUGUUCAUGUGUGAAUGGAACUAAAAACAGGAACCCAGUUAUAUAUGUGGCGGUACUUUGGGAGAUUUCAGUGUUCUUUGGUUAUUUAUAUGCAACAAAAGUGUAAAGUUGGCACAUUCAGUAUAUUGUUAACUACACCGAGAGGCAAGUUCUGAUGCCAGGAAUAUUUAUUUCUAGCUUGAGAGAAUCAUUUCGAGGGAUGUAAACAUGGCAAUAUUUAUACAGGUAUUUUAUUAUAGAUUAUAAAACAGCCUGAUCCAUACUCUAAAACAAUUGGUUACUUAAAUAUUUUUAGAAAUUCAAACUUUUUAAAUUUGUGUAAGGUCUAUCCAAGAUACUGUAGACGGUUAGAAAAGGUUUUAAUCUCAGUGGGGAAAAAAAUAGAUUAAAACUAAUGUCAUAAAAAAUGUGAGUAAAUGUAGUUGACUUAAUCUCCAAUCCUGAUCAAUGCACUGUCCUCCCACUGUUUCUGUGUGUCUCUCAGCCCCUUUUCCAUCUACUUUCUGUCUUUUCCAUCUCUCUCUCUCUCUCUCUCUC